CUUGUCAAGUUGAGUUGAGUAAUCCGUAAACUCAUUCGUCUCUUAUUUUGGAUUUUAUUACGUUUAAUAUAAUUGAUAACAUAUUUUUUUGAAAAAAUCCGUAAAAAAGUGUUUAUGUUUCUUAAUAAAAAUGACUGCCACGUCCAAAUUACCUAAAAUCGGGUAGGAACCCCACUCCCACUUAAGCCAAAGCAGGCAGGAAUCAGCUGUUUAAUUUGCCUCCUCAUUGUGGGUAAUACUAUAAACAAAAUUCACAAAUUGCAAAUAAAUAAAACCAGAUACUGUGGCCUUAUAGGCACGAAACUGUUCACAUAUUGCUGUGGAUGGAUAUAUAGCAGUUUCUAUAUUUUCCAUUUAAAAAGCUUUAAUAUCAAAUUUCUCUCAGAGAACUUUGAUGUUUCCACUACCUUUUUCAGCUUUUAAUCCCUUCAGUUAUUUAAACAGAUUCUAUGAGCUCAUCAGAUAAUUCUGCUGCAGACGAAGCUUCUAGCAAUAAAGAGGCCUCUCCUUGUCCGCAAGUCAUACAUACUGAGGAGGGAGACAUGAAGAGAGCUGCAGCAAAGAAACUCAUCGAGAGGUAUUUUUAUCAGCUUACAGAAGGAUGCGGGAACCCUAACUGUACAAAUAAAGACUGUGCAUCAAGUGGACAGUUCAAUCCUAUGAAUCCAAAUGAUGCAGCAGGACAUGCAUUAAAACUAUUCUCAAAGGAUGCAAAACUUUGUGAACGACAUCCUAGCAAAAUAGCAAGGAUUUAUUGUGGUUGCAGCAAAGACAAGUUCAGUGCUCCAGAAGAACCUAUUUGCUCAGUUGUAUCAAAUGAUAAUGUGGUGUCUCAAACGUCUGUGCCGACACAUUUAACAGAAGAAGCACUAUACGAUAUAAUCGACGAAUGUGAAAGCAACGAGACCUACUCACCCCUCAUAAGAACGUUGGGCGAAGUAUUCAGUAGCAUAGAAAAUUUAUCUAAAAGUUUCUCGCAAGAGCCUUUUAGCGCCACUUCGACGCCAAAUUCCGAAAAUCCUGAAAAGCUGCAAUGUCUAAACAAGGAACAACUGAGACAUCUAGAAGGCGAAAAAGAUAAGGAUGAAGAUUCCUGUGCGGAAACGAGUAAAACUUCGAUACGCCCUGUCGAUUUACCGGCUGUUAGAAGGGCGUACACGGCCCUUUUUAAACUUAAAACCUCAAUAUUUGAAAAUGCCAUGGUGAACGCAUUGGUAACCUUAGCUGGGAACUUACAGAUGGAGCUUCCAAUCAGGAAAGAAAAAGAUAGUCAUGACGACAUCGUUAAUGUUUUACUGAUAGUUUUUGAAAUACCUGCUUUAGGCUCAGGUGAUUUUCUUGAGACAGCAUUGCCAGCCAUAUGCAGGGCUGCCCAAUGGUUGCCAGUGGAAGUUCAAGCAACUUUAGCUACAUCCUGGGCAGGACCUGGAAGGUCUUCUAUAAGGAAUAUAUUGGAAAAUUUGCAGCAGCUUAUUACUUUAAGGGUUAUCGUGACACCCUUUCACAGGGAAUUUUUUAUUCAGGACGAGAAUGUUAUUACAUCGGCUACCCAAGUUAUGAAGGUUUUAUAUUAUGCCAACGUGCUAGCCGGCGUAUUAGAAUCGCCCGCAUUACGAAAUAUGGACGAUAUGAAUGACUCGAUGGACGAAAGCUUCUUGGCAGUCAAAUUGAACAAAAGCGUAGCACCGGUGGAUUCUCUAGCCCAGACGUUGGGCGUUCACAUCCUCGAUUGCCGAAAACCUUUUUUGCCUUAUUCGGAAUUUUACAACGAACCUUUGAGCGAUAUGGUUGAGAUGGAUAGGGAUUUUGCCAAUUUUAAAAGCGAAUUCGGUAUCUUUUCAGGCAAGUUUAGCUUCAUGAAUUAUCCUUUUAUUUUAACUCCCGCUACAAAAACUAUGGGACUGUACUUUGACAAUAGGAUAAGAAUGUACUCGGAGAGGAGGAUUAGUAUUUUACAAGCGGUUACGGGGCAACCCUCAAAUCCUUAUUUAAGACUGAAAGUUAGGAGGGAAAAUAUUAUCGAUGACGCUUUAGUUGAAUUAGAAAUGAUUGCUAUGGAGAACCCAAACGAUCUUAAAAAGCAGCUGGUGGUGGAAUUUGAGGGCGAACAAGGUAUUGACGAGGGCGGUGUAUCGAAGGAAUUUUUUCAACUAGUCAUCGAGGAGAUUUUUAAUCCGGAUUACGCGAUGUUCACCGUGCAAAGUGAAACGCAAAUGAUGUGGUUUAAUCCUACCAGUUUCGAAAGUACCGCGCAGUUUAACCUUAUUGGAAUAGUACUGGGUCUAGCAAUAUACAAUAAUAUUAUUUUGGCUGUUAACUUCCCUAUGGUAUUGUACAGAAAACUAAUGGGGAGAAAAGGAUCAUUCGAAGACCUACUAGACUGGAAUCCUGUUUUGUACAACAGCUUAAAACAGUUGCUGGAAUAUACCGAACCAGAUUUGGAAGAAGUGUUCCUGCAAACUUUUAGAAUUAGUUACAAAGAUGUGUUCGGGUCGGUUAUAAACUACGACCUUAAGGAGAAAGGUGAUAAGAUUCCCGUAACACAAGAAAAUAAAUAUGAAUUCGUCGAUUUGUAUGCCGACUUUUUAUUGAACAAGUCUGUAGAAAAGCAAUUCAAGGCUUUUUAUAAAGGCUUCCAAAUGGUAGUGGAUGAAUCUCCGUUAGAUCAACUUUUCCGUCCCGAAGAAAUUGAACUAUUAAUCUGUGGCAGUAAAAACUUUGACUUUGACGAACUGGAAAACUCAACCGAAUACGACGGUGGUUACACGAACGACUCCCAAGUGAUCAAAGAUUUCUGGUCAGUGGUCCACGCAUUGUCAACAGAAGACAAAAGAAAACUUUUACAAUUUACGACCGGUUCAGAUCGAGUUCCUAUAGGCGGUUUAAGCAGAUUAAAACUCGUUAUAGCUAAAAACGGUCAAGAUUCGGAUCGGUUACCCACCGCUCACACGUGUUUUAAUGUGCUACUUUUGCCGGAAUAUUCGUCGAAGGAGAAGUUAAAAGAUCGGUUAGUGAAAGCGAUAAAUUACUCUAAAGGUUUUGGCAUGUUGUAAUGGUCAAUAAUAAUUAAUUUUGCUGCUUGUGAUUUUUUUUAGAAUAGCUAAGAAACGGACAUUACUAACAGUAAUACAUUUUUUUCAUUAUAUUAUUUAGGGUAAUUUAAAUUGUUUAUCAUUAUAUUACCUGGUAUUAUUUAAAUAAUAAAAUAUAUUUUAUACUAGGUGGACAAA